AUGCUUGAUGAUGGAAUUAUUGGCAAGAUAAAACUCGGGUCAGUUAAAUUGGCGAAAAAGUAUAUGAAAAGGGUAGCCAUGGAAGUUCAAACAAAGUCAGCAUUUGACAAAGAUCCUGCAAUGGAUUACAUGGUUCUCCAAGGAGUUAGAUUUGCUUUCAGAAUCCAUCAGUUUGCGGGAGGAUUUGACGCAGAAAAAAUGCACGCGUUUGAGGAACUUCGCAAUCUUGCUUCUCUGCUAAACAAGACAUGA